GAAACAUUUAACACAAUAAAUAAUAACAUCAUAACAUAAGCAUCCUACGUUUCCUUUGUCUCACACAACACAAUCUUUUUAUAAAUAUCUCAUGUUUCUUUAUCACUGUCUUCUGAACAGUGGAAACAAACAUAGUAUCAAUGAAUUCUUCAACUCCAACAUAGUUGAAUCCUUAUUUUGACCGAGUUUAGUUUCAUUCAUCUAUAUCUUUUUCCUUUUUUGCUGUUUUCACCACCUUGAUGACUUUCUACACUUGUUUUUGAAAAUUUUGCUUUUGAUCACAGAGUUUGUGAUUUCAAACAAAAAUCAUGGAUAGGCUAUGCUGUUUUAAAUCUUCAUACUCUCAGCUUGUAGCAUCGCGUCCUUCAUCCAGCACUGGUAAGGGGAAGAAUUAUGAAGGUUCAAUAAAGUAUGGUUUUAGCCUGGUAAAAGGGAGAGCUAAUCAUCCAAUGGAGGAUUAUCAUGUUGCCAAGUUUGUGCAGUUACAAGAUAAAGAAUUGGGUUUGUUUGCUAUCUAUGAUGGUCACCUAGGAGACCGUGUCCCCGCCUACUUACAGAAACAUUUGUUUAGCAACAUUUUAAGGGAGGAGGGAUUUUGGGAUGACCCUACUCUUUCUAUCUCAAAAGCAUAUGAGAGCACAGAUCAGGCUAUUCUAUCACAUAGUUCUGAUUUAGGGCAUGGUGGAUCAACAGCUGUAACUGCGAUAUUAAUCGAUGGAAGAAGACUAUGGAUAGCUAAUGUUGGAGACUCACGAGCUGUUCUUUCAAGAAAAGGGCAAGCAGUACAAAUGACUAUCGAUCACGAACCUAACACAGAACGAGGCAGCAUUGAGACUAGAGGUGGUUUUGUCUCCAACUUGCCAGGUGAUGUGCCAAGAGUAAAUGGACAAUUGGCUGUUUCUCGCGCAUUUGGAGACAGGAGUCUCAAGUCACAUUUGAGAUCGGACCCGGACGUACAAACAACUGAUAUAGAUGUUGAUAUUGAAAUUCUAAUCCUUGCAAGUGAUGGAAUUUGGAAGGUAAUGGCUAAUCAGGAAGCAGUGGAUAUUGCUAAAAGAAUGAAAGAUCCACAUAAAGCAGCAAAACAACUUGCAGCUGAAGCAAUAAAAAGAAACAGUAAAGAUGAUAUAUCUUGUGUUGUGGUUAAAUUCAGAUGAUUAUCUUUUUUACAACAUGUGUCACAAAUGAUAAAGAGAAAGGGAUUUGUCAAGGUUUGAAAUUGCUUUUUUGAAUAGAUUUUAUUGUUUGAGAAUGUUUGAUUUCAUUCCAUCAAGUGUAUCAGAAUCUUCUGUAUAUUGUCUUAUUAUUCUUCAUAAGGCAUUGUAAAAGGUGAAUAUGCUUAUAGUUAUUGAUUCCAUUAUAGCAAGUGUUUGGAUUGAGAUA